GUACCAGAAGGCACUCGGGCUCUGCAGCACACAAGUCGUGGAGUACUUGGCGGUGAUCGGGCCCCUGCGCAGUCUCAAGAUUUACCCCAUGGUGAUCGGGCUUAUCUGCCAGUUUCAGAUGUACCAGAAGGCACUCGGGCUCAGCACACAAGUCGUGGUGUACUUGGCGGUGAUCGGGUCCUUGUGCAGGGUGCAGACGUACCUGGAGAAGAUUGGAUUACGAGCCUUAGGGUACCUCAAGGAGACGAUCGACCUCGAGCUCUAUUACAGGCCAAAGCGUCGGGACCACUAUGUGGAGGGAUUUAGCGACGCGAGUUUCGCGCCACAUGGUUCUCGAAGUGUGGGUUGCUGCCUUACAAGGUAUUUGGAGCAACCAGUGGCUUGGAGGUGCGGCCGCCAGGCUUUAGUAGCCUUGAGCGUAGCGGAAGCAGAGCUUGUGGAAGCUAUCAGCGCUGCUCAGAUGUCCUACGGUGUGAUUGCAGUUACAAGUGAACUGCAUACAACGGGGCCUACGUUGGUUUUAAAGGUUGAUAACGCUGCGGCGGUUGGCCUCUGCAACGAGUCGGUGUUAAUCAACUGGGAGAUUUGGGGACGAAAGCGUUCCAUCGUCCUCGUCUUCAACAACUACUACAGCUUUGGGGCCUU